AUAUAUACUGUAGGAUGUGUCCGCAACAAUCAUUCUGCACAUUUGUUUCAGAACGUCUCGUUUAUUCAAACUUUUAUUCAUCAUGUCGAAGUUCACGAUUAUCUUAUGUGCUCUGGCGGUUUGUGCUUACGAUUCUGAGGGUGCGGCGACGGCUGCCACCGCCGCCACGCCUGCCACCGCCGCCACUGCUGCUACUCCCGCCACCGCCGCCACCGCCGCCACGCCCGCCACUGCUGCCACUGCGGCGCCGGUGGCCAAACGGGAAACUAAUAUUAAAGAUGCAUUCCCUUCAUUAUCUAAGAUCCAAUCGCCUGAAGAAAUUUUCAAAGCCUUAAAUAUACCAACAUUUAAACCUUUUCCUUUCUUAACGGAAAAUGAAAUCAUGAAUCUGAAGCCGAAGGAUGGAGAGACUGUGCAGGCCAAGUCCUUCAGCGAGACCAAGAAGGUUGUGUUCGAGAACGGCAAGAAGGUGGUGGAUGAAGACGCGAUCUCCGCCGUCACCAACGACAACGGCAACGUCACCUCCAUCAAGUCUGAAGUCGAUGCUGAUGCUGAUGCUUGAAUAGUCUGUUAAGUUUAUACAUACAUGCCACUUUCACGUACCACCAUCUGUUUGCUACUCAAAGUUAUGCGAGGUUUUGCAAAAGUGGUAGGUAUUGUAGAGAGACGGGCGACUCGGGAAGUCAUUCUUAACAAUUUUAAUUCUAAGAAGUUAGUUUUAGAUCAACUGGAAAUUCCUGAAUCUACCCCCUGUGAGUACAAAAAAUUUGGGUAGCUAACAAAUAAGUAUCUCGCUCAUUUCCAAGUAUCGGCUCUGCUGCUGAAAGGCUGCCUGAGUCACGACAAUUCCGCUGACAUUAUAAUUUUUAUAACAUUUUGUGUACCUUCCCACAUACCUGCCCAGCUGUAAAAAUCAUGAAAAUGACUCUGCAGCAUCGCUUAAUAGAUGGUGGUACUGGCCGCUGGUUUAAAACUACAUCAAUAAAUAAUAUUAUAAUGAAUUCUAGAAACUGACGAUUAACAGCUUAAAAACUAACGACUUAAUGUGUGGGAAGAUUUCACUGAAAUGAAUAGGUAAUAAACUAAUAAUAUAAUUUAUUCUAAGGAAAAUAAUUGCCGCAACGUAAGCAAGAUUGUACUUAAACAGUAUUUACCUUUUUAUAAGGAUAAAACCAGGCGUUAAUAGAUUAUUGAAUGAUUUGUACAAUUAACGGCCACGUCACAAAGUAGAUACAGUAGUAUACUUAUACAAUAGUCUUACAGUAGCUACGUAAAAAACAUUAUUUGCCACCCUCAUCAUUAAUAACUUAGUUAUGUGCCUUUUAAUAUAAUAAGUUCUUUUUUUAAACUAAAUUGUGUAAACCUAUUAUAAAUUAAUAUUAAACUUACAAUUUAUAAUUA